AUGGAAAGUUCUCGUCUACCAUUGCCAGAAAGCUUUGAUAAAGUUGCAGGCUUAAAUCAAGCAGAACAAUGGCCAAAAUGGUCACGGCGGUUCGAGAGAUAUCGCGUCGUAUCGGGCCUCGCAUCCAAGCCAGACAGUGAGCAGGUUAGUACGCUACUCUAUGCUAUGGGUGAAUGUGCCGAUGAUAUUAUCGUGUCUCUCAAUGUGAAAGAGGAGACAGCAAAGUAUGAUGACGUGAUCGCAACAUUGAAGAAGUAUUUCAAUGUACGGAAAAACAUUAUUGUUGAAAGGGCAAAAUUCAACAAACGAACACAACGCCCGGGAGAAAGUGUGGACACAUUUAUCAAUGAUUUGUACAGGCUAGCAGAGGACUGUGACUACGAUAGACUUAAGGAGGGCUUGAUAAGAGACAGAAUUGUAGUUGGGGUGCUUGAUGACUCCCUAUCUGAUCAACUACAGUCUAGAGAAGACCUAACUCUCUCAAAAGCAGUUCAAUUGAGUAGACAGUCAGAAGCCCGGAAACAAAACAAGUCUGUUGUGAGGGGAGGUGCAGAGAGUGAGAGCCCUAACUCGGCCGUAAACUACAUAAGGCCUAAGAGCAAGGGAACGUACUCGAAGAAAACAUCUCAAACUCCGCAGGGUAACUGUAAGUGGUGUGGAAGGCAGAAUCAUGCACGUGCCAGCUGUCCCGCAAAAGAUGCAAAGUGCCAUCAAUGUGGAAAGAUGGGCCACUUCCAGUCUGUGUGUCAAGCCAAACAACCAGAACAGGGAAAACAAGAGGCAGCAAAGCUAAAAUGGAAAGCUCGAGUCAGCGAAGUAGAUGAUUUCGAUGACAUUGAUGUCCCCUUCCUUGGUGAAGUCAGCGAGAACGAUCAGACGUACUGGAGUUCAUCGAUCCUCGUAGAUGGGAAUGAAACACACUUCAAGUUAGACACAGGAGCAGCCGUUACUGUGUUGUCUGAUUCCACUCCAUGGCUGAAUAAACACAUCAUGAGACCAACAACCAAGAGGUUACGUGGUCCAGGAAGUACAGUCCUGACUGUAAUAGGACAAAUGACAUCAACUCUCAGGCAUAGAGAUAAACAGAUCAAGGAGACUCUCUAUGUGGUCAAAGAUCAGGAGUCUUCAUUGCUGAGUAGGAAAGCGUGUAGAACCUUGAAUCUAGUCCGCAGAGUGGAGGAAGUCGAUUCUUGUGAUGAUGAAACUGCAAACUUCAAGGCUGAGUUCCCUCAACUUUUCACUGGUUUGGGGAAACUGAAGACAGCAUACCACAUCAUGUUAACUUCAGAUGCCAAGCCGAUGUGCCUGUAUACAGCCAGGAAAGUUCCUCAUCCGCUUCUACCGAAGGUGAAGAAAGAACUAGAGUCCAUGUUGGAGCAAAAUGUGAUCUCAAAAGUGACUGAGCCGACAAAGUGGUGUUCGGGGAUGGUUCCAGUGUUGAAGCCCAGUGGUUCGGUGAGAAUUUGUGUAGACCUUACAUCUCUCAACAAGGCAGUUGAACGAGAGAUUCAUCCGAUGUCUUCAGUCGAUGAAAGUCUAGCAAAACUGGGAAAGAGCACAAUCUUCACAAAACUGGACGCCAACAGCGGGUUUUGGCAAAUUCCAUUGGAGGAUGAGUCAAAGCUACUGACAACCUUUGUCACUCCAUUUGGGAGAUUUUGCUUCAACCGAUUGCCGUUCGGGAUAACGUCAGCGCCAGAAGUCUUCCAGAGAGCGAUGUCCACUAUCCUCGAAGGACUUGACGGCGUGAUUUGUCACAUGGAUGAUGUGCUAGUCCAUGGUGCAACACAAACAGAACAUGACAUCAGAGUACGGGCUGUUCUACAACGUCUGCAGGAAGCAGGUAUCACACUAAAUCAGGGAAAGUGUGAAUUCUCCAAACAGAGUGUGAAGUUCUUAGGGCACUUCAUCGACGACACUGGUGUCAAGGUCGAUCCGAGCAAAACAAGAGCUAUUCGAGAUUUUCCAGUUCCUCGAAGCGUGAAAGAGCUACAGAGGUUCAUGGGAAUGGUGAACCAGGUGGGAAAGUUUCUCCCAGGAUUAGCUGAGAUCAACGAGCCCCUUCGUCAACUCCUGAAGAAAGACAAUGUGUGGUGUUGGGGAGAAGCGCAGCAGAGAUCUUUCACACAGAUCAAAGAAAUGAUGGUCUCGACAGCAGUCUUAGCUCAUUAUGAUCCAGAACUGCCAACAGUCAUUGCAGCAGAUGCAUCCGGGACUGGAAUGGGUGCAAUCCUGUAUCAAGUGCAGACUGAUGGAAAUCGUAGACCAGUGUGCUAUGCAUCUCGAUCGCUUACCGAGACUGAGCAGAGGUAUGCAGUGAUUGAAAAAGAGGCACUGGCAGCUACUUGGGCGUGCGAGAGGUUCUCCGAGUAUGUACUUGGUCUUCAUUUCGAGGUGGAAACUGACCACAAGCCAUUGGUCACACUUCUAAACUCGAAAGAACUUGUGAAAAUGCCUCCACGACUCCAACGCUUCAGAAUGAGAAUGAUGAGAUUUGAUGCAGAGACAUUGUAUGUUCCAGGAAAACAGCAGACAUCCGCUGACGCCUUGUCACGAGCGCCAGUAGAGAGGCCAGGAAUGGAUGAUGUCAACUUCGUAGAUGAGGUUGAAUCAUAUGCAUCAACAUCAGCCAUCAACCUCCCAGUGACAAUGCAGAGAUUUGAGGAAAUCAGAAAUGCACAAAAAGCAGAUGAAGUAUGUGCAAAAAUCAGAGACUACUGCGUUCAAGGAUGGCCAGACUACAUGCCACAUAACCCGAUCCUCAAACACUACUAUGAGCAGAGAGGACACCUGAGUGUGGUAGAGGACUUGCUUAUCUACGACGAGAGAAUAGUCAUUCCGAGAGCUCUGCGACUUGAUAUCCUUGAGAGGCUACAUCAAGGACAUCUGGGAAUUACCAAAUGCAGAGCCAGAGCCAGAGAUUCAGUGUGGUGGCCAGGUCUAUCAAAAUCAUUGGAGGAAAUGAUUUCAAGCUGCUUGACCUGUGCUAUCCAUCGCCAAGAGGUCCGCGAGCCUUUGAUGAGCUCAUCCUUUCCUUCAAGGCCAUGGGAGCGUCUUGGAAUGGACCUGUUCGAACUCAAAGGGAAAUCGUUCCUGAUAGUAGUUGACUACUACUCGAGGUGGAUUGAGGUCAAACAACUCCAAGGUCAGUCAACAAUGGCAGUGAUUUCUUCGCUGAAGGAGAUCUUUGCAGUCCAUGGGAUUCCAGACCUUGUGGUUUCAGACAAUGGUCCACAGUUCGCCAACGAGAACUUCAGAAAGCUUGCUGAAGAGUAUGGAUUCGUCCAUACAACCAGCUCUCCAAGAUACCCACAAGCUAAUGGUGAGGCUGAAAGAGGAGUUCGCACUGUGAAAGCGUUGCUGAAGAAGAACGACGACAUCCAGUUAGCCCUUCUCAGCUAUCGAGCGUCACCACUCCAAAACGGGUUAGCUCCUUGUGAACUUCUCAUGGGGAGGAGAUUGCAGACUCAGGUUCCUACUUUGCCGCACAUGCUGCUGCCACGGGUACAACAGCCGGACCUGACGACUGUGAGAGAGAAAGAGGAGAAGUACAGGUCAGAUCAAAUGAUGACCUACAACAGACGUCAUGACUCACGUGAGCUUCCAGAGCUACAACCAGGAGAUUCCGUGUGGAUCCGUGAUCAGUCUCGCUACGGGAAAGUCACCCAGAAAGCGCAACAACCACGGUCCUACCAUGUCCAGACAGAACAUGGGACAGUACGUCGUAAUCGCCGUGCACUGAUUGCUGUCCAAGGUCAACCCACCAAGACCAGAGUGCCGGAGUCAUCCAUGAGCAACGAUCCAGAGAGACCUGACGAUUCUGAUGAAAGCGACUCAACCGGUUCCCAACGUAACCAGCAGAUCAACCGGAAGCAGCCUGAGGGAGCCUCUACACCAACAGCUGCGACAGAGACGCGAACGCGAUCUGGACGACUCGUGAAACCACCAAAGCGACUGUCCAUGUAA